UUUAGAUAGUUUUUUCUAUGAUCCGUUAUGUUUCAAGUAUCACGUAUUAUGUAAAACAAAGAGUGUCUGAAAACAGUUUUGUCUUACAUAAACACUUGCCCUUAAGGUAAAAACAUUUUAAUUGUAAAUACGGUUUGACUGCCCAAUCAAAGUGCAUCAAUCGCCUUACUUGUAAGUACUGUAUCUAAUAGACAGUGGCAUAAAUGCAUUGUGUUGAUGUUGACACAUACACUUGCGAGAGCACUGCAAUCUUUACAAUCGCAAACUUGUGUAUAAUUACGGUCGUCGUGAAAAAAAAAUGGUUGAAAUGAAGAGGUGUUUUUAGAAGAUCUUGAAUUUGUAAACCACGUCACCACGUUCCGGUCUUAACAACCACCUAUAUAUACAUGAGCUUGUACAUAUUUGCAUUUUCAUUCGCGCGUUUUUAAGUGGCAGACAAGAAAAUGUUUACAAGUACAAAUAACAUCAGAACCGAAGACGACGUGAAUGCAGAGCAUGUCGAAUCCAUCGCUGACUUCUACGCGGGAAAAUCAGUCUUCAUUACAGGCGUAACAGGGUUUCUCGGAAAGGUGUACCUUGAAAAGUUACUCUACACCUGCAAAGACAUUGACAAAGUAUUCAUAUUGAUCAGAAACAAGAAAGGGGAUGAUGUCGGAAAAAGGAUCGAAAAACUCUUGGACUCGUCAGUAUUCUCAAGGCUUAAAUCACAGCGCCCACAGGACAUAAAAAAAAUCGUCCCUGUAUAUGGCGACAUGGAUAAAUCGGAACUUGGACUAUCUUCUGAAGACCAGGAAAGAUUAAUAAACGAGGUGUCUGUGGUGUUCCACGUGGCAGCGUCAGUCAAUCUCGAUGCUGACUUGAGGUCAAGUAUGGCCACAAACUUCUUCGGAACCUCUUAUGUACUUAAACUUUGUCAUCGUAUGAAGAAAAUAAAGGUUUUCGUUUAUGUAUCAACAGCUUACUGCAACAGUACUUUAAAAGUGUUAGAGGAGAAAGUAUACCCUGUACAGGAAGAACUCGAGGAAGUGCUGAAAUAUUUAGAAGAACCACAUCUGGACCGAGAUCGUGUUAAAAAACUGUUAAAUGGACGUCCAAAUGCGUACGCACUCUCAAAGGCACUGGCAGAACAUUAUGUAGCUCAGAACCACGGAGACAUACCCAUUAUCUUUAUCAGACCAUCUAUUGUAAUAUCUUCAUCGAAAGAACCAGUACCGGGUUGGGUGGAUUCCUUUCAGGGCGCGACGGCUCUAAUCACAGCAGUUUUGAAAGGAGUGAACAGAGUCAUAUAUGGAAACAAGAACAAUGUAUUGGACCUUAUUCCCGUGGACUACGUUUCAAAUCUCUCUAUAGUUGCAGCGGCGAGAGUGAAAAGCUCCAAAGAAGUCACCGUUUACAAUUGUUGCACGAGCUCUAUCAAGCCCAUUACUCUAAAAGAACUCGCGUCACAAAUAACAAGGAGAAAAGUUGAGGAUAAACAAAGAUUUUUGUUCCUACCGACGGUAUUCUUCUCAACACAUUGGCUCGUCGUCAUAAUCCUAACAUUUGUGAUGCAAAUCAUGCCUUCGUUCAUCGCUGAUCAGUUUCUAUACUUCACAGGAAAUAAACCUAUGUACAUGAAAAUUCAGUCAAAAGUGAUCAAUGGCCGAAACGUCUUGAAUUAUUAUACGAAUAAUUCUUGGGUGUUCAAGUCAGUUGCAUCAAGGCGGCUUCUGGACACCCUAUCACUAUCUGAUAAGCGUCUCUUCCCCUGCUACCCAUCAGAUCUUAACUGGGAUAAGUAUUUUAAAACCUAUUUCGAUGGCAUUGAGAAUUUUCUGCUGAAAAAGUAAGUCAAACAUUUGAAAAGUAUAAAUAAUUGUAAGGGGAUAAAGUUCGUUUUAGAAUGGUUUCUCAAAUAAGAUUACUGUAGGUUGUAUUAAAAUAAAGUUAAGUUAUUUACUAGGUC